UUCAUUCUUUUCGUCUAUAUGUAGAAAUGUUGUUACGUAUUUUACAAGACUUUUAUCGUAUAAUAUAUAUUUAAUUACAUAUACAUAUAAAUAUGUACCUGUGCUAUUAUAUAGGUAUAUAAAAUUGUGUUUUAUGUAAAUUAAUAUUGGCUUCGUGUAAAUAUAUUAUAUUCAAAUAUUUACAUUUUUCAAAACAACAGAAAACUACAGAGCUGAAGAGGGUCUCACUUAACUCGUACGAAACCGUCUUCAAUAGAAAACCUUUAUGUACAGAAAAAGUCGUCAGUGAGGUGUCACGCAAGGUGUGAUAAGAAGCAACAAUAGUUUUAGCCCCGUUUUUCCAUUUAUUGGAAUUCCAUGUCGAUGUAAUAAAUGAUGUGGUGGGCAGUUGAUUUAUCGAAUGAAUAAUUCAGUAGUAAAAAUGCACGCAAUGUAAACUGCGCAAUUCAACCCUUAUUAGUGACCACCGAGUGGACAGUCCACUCUGUUGCCCCAUGUAAAUGAUAGCUGUCGGAAAAUAAUGGAAAAACAAAGAGAACUUCGUGUCAAAUUGUGAACGGUUACACUUUAUUUAUAUCUAUUUCAGUUUUAAUAAAAAAUAAAUGAUAAUCAACUACUGUGAUUGUUGUGAUAAAACAAAAGGUUUAUAAACAUCGUCUUUACUCCAUCCAGCAGGUAAUUUUUUACUUAAAUAAUUUUAUUACGACAUAUUAUAUCAAUUAAUAAUUUAAUAAGACUAACAGCUUUAUAUAGAUGUAAGUAUUUUUAAAUAUUAUGUGAUCUGUAACAAUUGGAAUCCAUUGGGUCAAACUUUUUUGCGCAGUACUGUAAAUGUAACUUUUUACCGAAGUAAUCAAAAACAAAACAAAAAUGGUUAAAAACAAUUGAAACAUGCUUGGAUAUUUUACAAAUAAUGUUGCUAUAUUGAUUAAGGGCUGUUUCUAAAGAGACUCGGUUGUAGCACAUGUUCAAGUUCACUGGAAAUAUUUGUUUAACUUCUGAUCAAUAAUUCUAAUGAUAAAGUGUUGGAUCUGGGUCAAAUGACAUAAUUACCUUUUUGUCCUAAUUUCUAAGAAAUGAUUAAAUAUCGCUGAGUAAAUAUUCAAAAAACCGUAUAUACACAACUAAAAGUUUUGAUUUAUUCAAAACAAAAAAAAAACUAACAAUUACAAGUGUUAUUCAUUUGUUAUUAGCCAUUAUUUCGUAAAAAAAACAAAGGAACAAACAGUGAACUGCUGUAAUUUUUUAAGUAAAGUUAGACUUCAUAUGUUUUAGUACUUAUAAAUAAUUUAACGAAAUGGCUGAAACUGUUAAAGUUAUUGUAAGAUGUCGACCAAUGAAUGUCGAAGAACGAGAAAAGAAGUGUCAGAACAUUGUACGCAUAAGGGACGGUACCGUUGAAACAUGGGACCCUGCAGAGUACCCAACUUCGUACCCCAAACAAUUUACAUUCGAUUCGGCUUACGAUCCAAAGGCUUCCACUGAGUCUAUUUAUAAUGAGAUUUGUUACCCGCUUAUUGAAAGUGUCUUAGAAGGAUAUAACAGUACCAUUUUCGUGUAUGGGCAAACAGGGUGCGGAAAAUCGUUUACCAUGGAGGGUAACAAACUAUCUUUGCCCCCCGAUAAGGGCAUAAUUAGCCGAACAUUUGAUCACAUUUUUGAAGCCAUCUCUGUCACUGUUGACGUCAAAUAUUUAGCCAUGGUUAGCUAUUUAGAAAUAUACAACGAACAAAUAAGGGAUUUACUUGUGCCAACGACAAGGAAUUUACCCGCUCCCACCCUUAAAGAAGUCCCAAACGUGGGGGUGGUAGUCAUGGGCAUUUCCACUCACCCUGUACAUAACGUUAACGAAUGCGAAGAACUACUGAGCAUCGGGACAAAAAAUAGAAUCACGGGAGCGACUUUGAUGAACCAGAAUAGCUCCCGAUCGCAUAGUAUUUUCACAAUCAGUAUUGAACAGAUAUCCAACAAAGGGAACUUGGAAUCUAUUAAAAAGGGUAAGUUGAACUUGGUAGAUUUGGCCGGUUCUGAGAGACAGGCGAAAACUGGGGCCACGGGGGACAGAUUGAAGGAGGCGACAAAAAUAAAUCUGUCCCUAAGCGCCCUCGGGAAUGUCAUAUCGGCCUUGGUGGACGGGAAAGCCAAACAUAUUCCUUACAGGGAUUCGAAGUUGACCAGACUUUUACAGGAUUCGUUGGGGGGUAAUACGAGAACUUUAAUGAUAGCAUGUAUCAGCCCUUCGUGCAGGGACUAUCACGAAACUCUGUCGACCCUGCGGUACGCAAACAGAGCUAAAAAUAUCUGUAAUAAACCGCGGGUGAACGAGGAUCCCAAAGAUGCGAUGUUGAGACAGUACAAGGAAGAAAUUGAUCACUUAAAGGGACUUUUAGAAAAUCGGAAGUCCUUAGGUGAAAGUCCAAACAGGGAAGUGAACAAAAAUAUAACUUCUAAUCCCGAACUGGACGCCAAAAGAGAUCGAUUAAUCGACGAAUACCAGACGGAGAUGCAGAAGCUGAAGAAUCUGCACGAAAACGAAAAGAGCGAAAAAGAAAAAAUCAUGAAACAAAUCGAAAACAUUAAAGAUGAAUACGAAGAAAAUAUAAGAAAAUUAAACGAAGAAAUGUUGGUGAAAAGUAUGAGACAGAGGGAAAACGUCUCCGAACAAGAGAUACUACGAAGAAUAGAAGCUCUGAAGAAUCUCAUGAUCGGGGGUGAAAAAGCUGACGAUCAAGAACUGUCGGAAAAAAGAAAAAAGAAGAAGAUCGCAGCAGAAAAAAGACUCAAUGCCAUAGCUCAUGUAAUGAAGAAAUUGGAGAUGAACGAAGAUAGGGAAAUUCUGCAAAACCAAUACGAAGAUAUAAGUCAAGAACUUAACGUUAAAACUGAAGCCUUAAGAAGAUGUCGUCAUAAAAUAAAACUACUCGAAAAGGAGGUGUCCGAUCUCCAAAGUGAAUUUCAAACGGAGAGGGAAGAUUAUUUAGAAACAAUACGAAGACAAGACAGGUCUAUCAAAUUACUGACUCAAAUUGCCGAGAGAAUUGCGGGAACAUUGAAAGAAACUUGCAAUUACAGAGAUAUUGAAACAAUCAAAAGACAAUCGAUUUGGAUGGACGACUUACAGAAAUACAAAUUACCGGAUAUGAUCACGCCCAGAACAAAACUACCCCCAACGGCUGUUAGUAAAAGAAACAACAAUAACAGACAAUUUCUGUCUCCACACAGUAAUAAUAACUCUGAAAACAGCAGUAGCAAUUCUUCUACACCGCAUUACGUCGUACAAUACCAGAAUUUCGAAAGUAAAAAUGACAUCGUCGAGAAUUAUUUCAAGCCCAAAAGGGCUGCGGAACUUCUGAGCGAAUCUUCGCGACUGGACCCCAAUCAAGUCAUCAACACCUGGAGAGGUAAAAAUCAAUUAGAGUUCGCAAGGAAGAGGCAAACCAGAGGGGAAAUGCCAAGUGCUGAAAGGUCACCGAUUGGACACGAAAAUGGCUUUUGGGGUAAACUGUCCCCUAACACAUCGAUUUCAGGCAGUUACAAUAAAAGUGCAGCGUUGCAGACGUCCAAGGGAAGGCCUUUUAGAUUAGAGUCCCUUCAGAUCCCAGGAUCGUCCGCUGAUUUCACCUGACAUCCGCAUACAGUUGUGAUAUGAUCGAUUUACUAUUGGGUUUGCGAAUGUUUAAUAUAUUUUUUGAUACUUUUAAUAAAUGACCGACAGAUUCAUA